AUGUUCGUCAUAUCAGGACUCCGAUAUAUUCACCCACUCACUAAUGACUCUCAGACUACAACAGGUCUUUUUUCCACCACCGUCCAGCCUACUCCGGUUCCAACCAGCGAACUUGUUCUCCCACCAACUGACUACUUCGGCCCGACUGAUUGCUAUGACUUCCCUGACGAAUUUAUCUUUGGAGUGGCUGGCAGUGCUGCUCAAAUUGAGGGUGCAAUAGCUCUUGAUGGCCGCUCGCCUUCGCUACUCGAGAAACUUAUCACUGGGGAUAAGCCAAGGGACUACGUCACCAACGAAAACUACUUCCUCUAUAAGCAGGAUAUCCAAAGAGUGGCGGCCAUGGGUGUGGAAUACUAUAGUUUCACGAUUCCAUGGACACGCAUUCUGCCCUUCGUCUUGCCAGGCACUCCCGUGAAUAAACAAGCCAUCGAUCAUUACAAUGACCUAAUCAGCACUGUUCUCGAUGCCGGAAUGCAGCCUGUUGUGACGAUGCUCCACUUUGAUAGUCCGCUGAUAUUUGUGAAUUAUGGCAAGGUCCUUCUGACCCAUUUUUCGGAUCGAGUCCCGAUUUGGGUCACCUUCAACGAGCCACUCCUCUACGCGUUCAACUUUCAGGGUGUUGACAAUGUGGUGCAUGCUCACGCUCAGGUCUAUCACUUCUAUCACGAUGAACUGAAAGGCACAGGCAAAAUGGGCCUGAAGUUUAAUGAUAACUUUGGUGUGCCCAAGGAUCCAAAAAAUGCCAGCCAUGUUCAAGCUGCCAACCGGUUCCAGGAAAUGCAAUUAGGAUUCUUCGCUGAUCCCAUUUACCUUGGAAAACAAUAUCCGGAUUCGGUGUUAAACACUCUCCCAGGGGCCAGGCGACUCAAUGACACCGAGCUGACGUAUAUCAAUAAAACAGCCGACUUCUUCGGUAUUGACGCAUACACUGCUACCGUGGUAUCACCUGCUGAUGAAGGAAUUGCCGCCUGUGCGUCCAACCCAUCCAGUUCUAAUUCACUGUUCCCAUAUUGUGUCAACCAAGAAACGACGAAUAGAUACGGAUGGAACAUCGGGUAUCGGUCGGCAUCUUAUGUCUAUAUCACACCUACCUAUCUCCGCGAGUUCCUUUUCAAUAUCUACAAUGUGUGGAAACACCCUAUCAUCCUAUCCGAGUUUGGCUUCCCCGUUUACAACGAGUCUACAAAGGAUCUACCCGAUCAACUAUUUGACUCCCCUCGCAGCCAAUACUAUCUCUCUUUUAUGUCCGAGGUGUUGAAGUCGAUCUAUGAAGACGGAGUCGAAGUCAUUGGUGCCUUGGCCUGGAGCUUUGCUGACAAUUGGGAGUUCGGUGACUAUUCACAGCAGUUUGGCAUGCAAGUAGUUAAUCGAACGACUCAAAAGCGAUCUUACAAGAAGAGCUUUUUCGAUUUGGUGGAUUUUGUCAAGACUCGGCAACCUUUGAAUUGA